UCCUUCCCUCCUCAUUGUGCGAGAGACUGAGGUGGGGCCGGGCGCUCUCCAUCCUCCUCCUCCUCCUCUUCCGCGACCAUGAAACUUCUUCGCGGGGGUCUGCCUGUCCUCCUCCUCCUUCUCCUUUCCUGGCCGCUCUCCUGGGAGGCUGAGACGGUGGAGCCCCUCCGAAGAGGCUCCCUUUACGGCAACCGCUACGCCGGGGAUAAGGUGAUACGGAUUGUUCCAAAGAAUGGAAAAGAAGCAGAGACGUUGAAGACCAUAUCUCAGCAACUUCAGGUGGACCUAUGGCAGCCUGGCAGCAUCUCCUAUAUUUCCAAGGGUGCAGUAACAGAUAUACGGGUAUCAAGAAACAACUCCCAAAUUCUUCUACCCUGCCUACAACAAGCAAACAUCCAGUAUACAGUCCUCAUAUCUGAUCUUCAAAAAGCAGUGGAAAAUCAAAGUGGUUCAAGGUCUAGGAAUCGUAGAUCAUUACAAGAAUACAGCUAUGAAAUAUAUCAUUCCCUGGAAGAAAUUCAAGAUUGGAUGUAUCAGCUGAACACAACUCAUUCAGAUCUUAUCCACAUGUUUAGUGUUGGCAAGUCAUAUGAAGGAAGGCCACUUUAUGUGUUAAGGUUAGGCAAAAGAUCAUGGGGUUACAAGAAAGCUGUCUGGAUUGACUGUGGCAUUCAUGCAAGAGAAUGGAUUGGCCCAGCCUUUUGCCAGUGGUUUGUGAAAGAGGCUCUUCAGACAUACCAAAGUGACCCAGCCAUGAGAAGAAUGCUAAAUCAACUGUAUUUUUACAUCAUGCCCAUUUUUAAUGUGGAUGGAUACCAUUUCAGCUGGACCCAUGAUCGAUUCUGGAGAAAAACAAGAUCAAAGAAUUCAAGGUUCCACUGCCAUGGAGUAGAUGCUAAUCGUAACUGGAAAGUGAAAUGGUGUGAUGAAGGUGCUUCCCUCCACCCCUGUGAUGACACAUACUGCGGCCCUUUCCCUGAAUCUGAGCCAGAAGUGAAGGCAGUGGCCCACUUCCUACGCAAGCACCGGAAACAGAUAAAAGCCUACCUGUCCUUUCAUGCAUAUGCCCAGAUGUUGUUGUAUCCAUACUCCUAUAAGUAUGCAACCAUUCCAAAUUUCAGCUGUGUGGAAUCUGCAGCAUUCAAUGCUGUAAAUGCCUUGCAGUCUGUUUAUGGAAUAAGAUACCGAUAUGGCCCUGCCUCCAGCACUUUAUAUGUGAGUUCUGGCAGUUCUAUGGACUGGGCUUACAAAAAUGGUAUUCCAUAUGCCUUUGCGUUUGAGCUGCGUGACACGGGCCAUUUUGGUUUUCUUCUGCCUGAGGCCCUAAUCAAACCAACUUGUACAGAGACCAUGCUGGCUGUCAAAAAUAUAACGCUGAACCUGCUAAAGAAGUGCCAUUAGGCAUGUUACAGCAAAAGGCCAAAACAAUUAUUUUUUCAUUUUUCUUAUUGUUGCAAAAGUUUAUUCCAUAGACAUUUUCAUAUUCAUUAAAUAUAGAAUGGGGUAUCUUCUGCUAAAUGUGAUAUUCACUCAACAUGUUGAAUUGUUGAAGUAUGUGAUGUCUAUGCUGGGCUGUGUGUAUUCUGGUAUUACAUAAACCAUUGGGAUUUGUUAGUAUGUUAGCUGGUGGUACUGGUGAAAUUGCAGGAGUUGUGGGAUGAGAGCGAGAGGAGAGGGACAAAGCAGGAUUUCCAGUGUUAAAAGAAGGCAAGACUUUACUGUCCAAAGUAGGGUUUUGCUUCAGAUCUUGACAGGCAGAAACAGAAUAAAUUAUGCAAAAUAAACAUGCAAAUUCCAGUUUGCAUAAUUUAUACAGGCCAUGGGCAUCAACUUAUCUUAAAGAAGAAAGAAUCUGGGUUUCCUUAGAACAGAAUAUAGAUUUUUAAAAUACAGAAUAUGCAUAGCCCUGAAUAUAUCGCUAAUAUGUACAAAGUAAAUGAAAUAAUCUCUCUUUGGGAUAAUAAAACUCCUCUGUUUUUUCA